UUUCCCGUCAAGCUUUUCUACACUCAAACAGCAGAAAAUCAAGACCUAUAUGAACUUGUAUAUUUUUUCAAAGUUAAACUCUUCAUUAUUUCCUCGACAAGUGCCAUGUUUCGAUGUUUCUUGGCCAGCAGAAGGAUGGCUACGAGCGGAGGGCUUCGCCUGGCCAGUCAGUAUCAGUUCAAGGUUGCCAAGCCCUUCUACUAUCCCGACCGGCAGGCGGAGAUGAAGCGACCCCCCAUGGGGGCCUAUUUGCAGCAGCACGAGACCUCGCGGACUAUUAAGUAUCCACAGAACCGGGGCAUGCCCAAGGACUACUACUACAAGGUGUUGGGUGUCAACAAAUACGCCACCAUCCAGCAGAUACGUUCCGCCUUCUAUGCGCUGGCUAAGCGCUAUCAUCCCGACUCUACGCACUCGGAGCAAAAGAUUAAGCAGUUUCAGGAGCUGUCCAAUGCCUACAAUAUCCUCACCGACGAGACUAAGCGACUGGAGUACGACCAGUUGGGCGGGGUAAGGGAUGAGCGGGCCUUUCUCGAGCAGGCGGGGGAUCCCAUUGAUCUAGAAACCAAGAGGUUGCUAGCGGACAAGAAGGCCAAUGAUGAAUUCAAUAAUCUUGCGAAAGGAUUAGAGCUGUCACUCGAUUUUGUGGAGGCCACCUUGGGCUGCAAGAAACCGCUGGAACUGCGCUACCUGAGCAAGUGUGAGGCCUGCAAGGGCAAGUCCAAGAUGAUGGCCAACCGCGACGUUGGCAAAGAGCCCUGCCGUCGUUGCAAUGGCACUGGAAAGAUGAUUGUCAAGACGGUCACCUCGACCAUUGUGGACACGUGUAGCCAGUGCAAUGGCAAGCGGUAUACCAAUCGCAACGAUUGCGAGACCUGCUCCAAUCGGGGCCACGUGCUGCACUGCGUCGAGGUUCUGGCCCCAGUGCCACCAGGAUCGCGGGACGGCGACCAGCUGAGCAUCAUCAAUCCCAAGACCAGGCAGCUGGUCAAGUAUCGACUGAGGGUGCAGGAUAGCGAGUACUUCAAGCGCGACGGGAACGACAUUCUCACCGAGAAGCACCUGAACCUCUCGGACGUCAUCCUGGGUGGCACCUUUAACGUGCACGGUCUCCACCAGAGCCUGGAACUGCGCGUGGAGCCUGGGACGCAGUCCCACACCCAGGUGGUGGUCAAGGGCAUGGGCGUACGGUCCCAGGAGGGUGUGGGCAACCACAUUGUUACGCUAAAGGUGCGAAUACCACAAAAUCUCUCGGUGAAGCAGCGCCAGAUUAUCUUGGCGCUGGCCAAGACAGAGGAUCCGAUCUAUGAGCAAGAGAUCAAGAGGUAGGAGGCGGCAGCUGGAUCCCACUCGGGCCACACACACACAACACUUGUGUUUAAAAUUCUCAAUGUACAGGCUUUUUGCGUUGAAAUACAUUUAGCAGACAGAA